GAGCAUGCUCAGUAGCCGCCCGCGUCUAGCUCCCAGGGAAACCUCUGCACGCCCUCCCCAGCUGCUCUCGGUCGCCUCCUCGCCGCCGGCCGCCCAGGGUGCAUCCCGGCUUGCAGGGCUCCACGCGACCCAGAUUCCCGCCCCUCCCCCGCCCCUCCUGCGCCCGCAGCCAGUGCGGCAGCCGCGGCCGCCUCUGUCCAGCUUCCGCGCGGGGACCAGCCGCUGUGGUCACGGUCGCCAGCACAUAGCUGGAGCGAAAACAGAGAUGAAAACGACACUGGCGCUCUCCCGGAGCUGCUGAGCCCACCGCUGUCCCUGUCCCGCCCACAUUUACUUUGGAAAAAGAAAAUUUGGAAGCAGUUGCUUGAAGACAGUUGACAUCACAUCUGGAGAGUCCACAGCAGCACAAUGAAGCACUUCCUGAGCUUUCUAUCGGAAGGGCGCUGUCUUUUGUUCCCCACAGGAUGUUGAUCCAGGUGUGCCUGUAUUUUUACUGUAAAUUUUUGUGGCGCUGCAUGAAGUUUGUUAUGCGAAAGCUCACAGGAAGGUGUGAACUGCAAAGGAUUUGCUACAGCACCAAGCCUGGAGCUUCUAGAACCAUGAAAAUCGAAACGUCACUGAGGGACUCGAAAAGCAAGCUGUUGCAGACAUCAGUGAGUGUCCACCCCGAUGCCAUCGAAAAGACGAUUGACGACAUCAUGGAACUGAAAAAAAUUAACCCCGACAUCAACCCACAGCUGGGAAUCUCUCUCCAGGCUUGCCUUCUGCAGAUUGUAGGUUACAGAAACCUCAUUGCAGACGUGGAAAAACUACGCAGAGAACCCUACGACUCCGACAACCCUCAGCAUGAAGAGAUGCUUUUGAAGCUAUGGGAGUUCCUGAAGCCCAACACACCCCUGGAAGCUCGGAUUUCUAAGCAGUGGUGUGAGAUCGGUUUCCAGGGUGAUGAUCCGAAAACGGAUUUUCGAGGAAUGGGUCUCCUGGGACUUUAUAAUCUACAAUACUUUGCAGAACGGGAUGCCACAGUGGCUCAGCAGGUCCUCUCCGACUCUCUUCAUCCAAAAUGCAGGGAUAUCACUAAAGAGGAAAUAAGCAAAUUCAGCAAAGCAGAAUGGGAAAAGAAAAGGAUGGAUAAAGCAAUUGGGUACUCCUUUGCAAUUGUGGGCAUCAAUAUCACCGAUCUGGCAUAUAAUCUGCUUGUGAGUGGUGCUCUCAAAACCCAUUUCUACAACAUUGCCCCCGAAGCACCAACACUGUCUCACUUCCAACAAACAUUCUGCUAUCUGAUGCACGAGUUUCACAAGUUUUGGAUUGAGGAGGACCCCAUGGACAUCAUGGAAUUUAAUCGCGUGCGGGAGAAAUUCCGAAAAAGGAUCAUAAAACAGCUUCAGAACCCAGACAUGGCACUGUGCCCGCAUUUUGCUGCAUCUGAGGGCUUAAUCAACAUGUAGUGCCCACGCCGGACUCAACGGCUCCUCAGAACACUGCCUCAUUGUUGUCUUAGAUCUCUGCUUAGGUGACAGCUCACACACCGAAUGCACAUAGUGAUUAUACAUAUAUAUAUAUAUAUGCAUGCCUUUUGGUACAGUAUUUUCAUCUCUUGGUCAUAAUUCCAAGAUCCCCCAAAUACCACUAUUUCUGGAGUGUCUACCCUCCAGUGACUGCUCAUAUUGUGGCAUUAUGCAGUGUUAGCAUCUGUUCUUGAUACCCAGGUAUGAAGAAAGUUUUAUAUUUUUUUAGGCUUUUUUUUCCUCAUCAUCAUUCAAUACUAAAAAUGUGUAAUAAUUCCCUAGAUGUAAUUUGUAUGAAAGAGAUCUAACUGAAUCUCAUUCUGUGUACAUAUUUAUUAAAAUGUUUCAUGAGGACUGUG